AUAUGUUUGUUUGGUAUUUGGUUUGGCACAUUAGGUUAGUUAGUGUGCCUGUCUUCCAGCCUGCCUUAAACUGAAAUAUUGUUGCAUUUCCAUUCUGAAAUCAUUUUCUGGCAACAUUUAUAAGCUUAUUCAUUCAAUAUGAAUCGGAUUUUCGGUAGAGGAAAACCUACAGAACCACCGCCCAACCUCACAGAUUGCAUAGCAGGGGUUGACAGUCGAGCGGAAUCUGUGGAAAAAAAAGUUCAGCGUUUAGAACAAGAGCUUGUAAAAUAUAAGGAUCAGAUGAAGAAAAUGAGAGAUGGACCUGCUAAAAAUGCUGUUAAACAGAAGGCAUUGCGUGUUUUGAAGCAAAAGAAAAUGUACGAACAACAGGCUGAUAAUUUGAGGCAGCAGUCUUUUAAUAUGGAACAAGCGAACUAUGCAGCACAAUCUCUGAAAGAUACGCAAAGCACUGUAGUUGCUAUGAAAGCUGGAGUAAAGCAGAUGCAGAAAGAGUUCAAGAAAAUUAAUAUAAGUGAAAUUGAUGAUCUUCAAGAUGAUAUGGCUGAUAUGUUGGAAAUAUCAGAAGAAGUUCAGGAUGCAUUGGGUAGAUCCUAUGGCACUCCCGAUAUUGAUGAAUCAGAGCUCGAGGCGGAACUUGAGGCACUUGGUGAUGAAAUUGCUUUAGAUGAUGAUACUUCAUAUUUAGAUGAUGCUGUAAAAGCUCCAAGCGCCCCUGACAAAGAACCAGGAGCUGACAGUGUUGAUGUCACAACAAACAAGGAUGGAAUUCUGGUUGAUGAAUUUGGCCUACCAAAAAUCCCUCAAUCCUUGAAGAACUAACUUUUAAUUAUUCUGGAUUACCCUACUGCCAAGUGCACAUUUUUUUUAAUAGUCAUGGUACUCAAGAAUGUCGGCACGCACACAAGACUACUUGCCUGUUCUUUAUUUUAAUUUAAUUUUUUACCAAACUAUGGUUAAUGUGUAGGACCCAAAAGUUGUACUUUUGCUUGACCUACAGUAAGUGCUUUAAAUUAAUAUGGUCAAAGAGCAUAAAAUUUAUGUUACCAAAGGGAGUUGCCCACUCAAUUUCUGUGCAGUAAAUGCUAUGUGAUAAUACAUUAAUUAUAUUUAUAAUUCGUAUGCCAUUUAAAUUAUGUACUGAAAGAUACUCAGCUUUUGUAAGAGAAACACAGACCAAACACUGAAAAAUCAUCAUGGUGUUUGUUCUUCUAAAUUUUGUAAGUUACAGUAGUUUUAUGUCUAAGAAAUUCAAUCUGUAUUGUCUAAUUAUGUUUGAUAAAAAAAAAACAAAAAAAACUGUUUUGCUUCUUAGCCAGAUUCAGAUCAGACUACUCAUCUAAAAAGGCAUAAUUAGUGACUAAGUGUAUGCAUACUUAUUGACAGAUCUCCGUUAGCUAGUAUUCUAUGCAUACAUAUACAUUAGCCUCGUUCGGCAACUUGUGUCGUCAUCUCAUUAACUAUUGUUGUUAGUACUACAAUUAAUUAUACUGAAAACGAUGAAUAAACCGGAGCGGUCUCUAG